AUGGCUGACCAGUUUGUGAAGAACAUCGUCAGUGAUGGCAAAGUGACCAUGUUCAUGAGGGAGGGCUGCCCGUACUGCCGGAACACCGUGGAGAUGCUCACGCAGUACAACAUCGCACCCGGACACCUGCAGGUGAUCGACAUCACGGGGCUGCCGCACAUCCAGGACCACUUCCAGCGAACACAAGGCAGGAGAAGU